AUGGAAGAAUCGCAGCGAGCGUUGUUUCAGUGGGGUAACGUGGUUGUAUUUGUAUCGCUGACCCUGCAAGUUGUCUUCUCUACUAAGUUCCUUCCUAUUGGCUGGCUUCUUUGGAUCCAUGCCAUUCUGGCAAUCGGCUCCUUGGUUUGGGUACGCAACAACGUCACAUCACAUUUCCGAGAGACCUUCCACGAAGCAGAGCGUGUCCGUGGUGAGAAUGCAACAUUGAGCCAAGUCCCCGAAUCAGUUGAAUGGCUCAAUAAUAUCGUUCGAACCAUCUGGCCCACCAUCAACCCGGAGCUAUUCGCCGGCCCAAUUGACUUGCUCGAAGAUGUCAUGCAGAAGCAAGUGCCAUCGAUUGUGCAUACUGUCAAGGUCAGUGAUCUCGAUAUAGGCUCGGUGCCCUUGCGUAUCUUGAGUAUGCGAUAUUUACCCGAUGACGGACAUGCCAGAGACGAAGAUGAUGCGGGUGAAUACGCCAACAUUGAAGUGUCGUUUGGUUACAGAGGUGGCAAGACGGACAAGUCUCUCUCUGCAAAGGCAAAACACAUCCAUCUCCUCGUGUGGUUUCAGGUGGGUUUGCGUAAAGUGCUGGGCAUUCCGAUCCCGAUUUGGGUGGAAGUACAGGGAAUCGUCGGCAAGGCUCGUGUGCGUAUCCAACUAUUACCUGACCCGCCAUUCGUGAAGAAUGGUACUCUGACAUUACUCGGCAUGCCAAAGAUUGAACUUUCAACGACACCUGUAUCGCAACGCUUCUUCAACGUCAUGAAUCUGCCGUUUGUCUCGCAACUCGUUAGUUUUGCCAUCAAAAUCGUUGCACGCGAUUUGAUUGCGCCGCGGUCGUACACCCUUGAUAUUUCAAAGCUCAUGGUGGGUGAUGAUGUCAAGAAGGAAACAGCUGCCAUUGGCGUGCUUAUGGUUACGUUUCAUCAUGCAACAGGUGUUCCACGCUCUGAUCAUCGACCUGGGCGCGCAAAGGUGGAUCCAUACCUGACGUUGCAGUACUCUCAAUUUGGCAAGACGACGUACUCGACACGUGUCAUCAAGCAGGAUCAUGAGCCUGUUUGGGAGGAGACUUGCUUCUUGCCUAUCCUACCUGGCCCGGUCAAAGCUGGUGAAAAGAUUCGAGUCAAUUUGUGGGAUAGUGAUCGAUUCACGGCUGAUGACUUGCUUGGUCGUGUGGAGUUGGACUUGCCAACAUUGGUUCGGCAAGCUGGACACUUUGAACGACGCAAUGAUAAGAUUGUUGGGACAAAAACUGCACAUUUACACUGGUCCAUCGGCUUUUUUGGUAAACGAACCAUUCCAGAUCAACCGGUGCCACCCCUUGUUGAUACACGAACCCCACCUGAUUUGAGAGACCACCCUUAUUUCAAAGAACAGCAACCUGCUUGGACGGUGGAUAGCAAGCAGGAACAGCUAAUUUGCCGACUGCCACCGGAUAUGAAUUAUCCUGGUAUUCUCUCCAUCCAGAUUCAUCAAAUCAAUGACCUUGGUAUUCCUUCUGUGAAAUCAUCUUUCCACCAUCAAAGCGGUGAUGUGAUUGCGGAAGAAGCUGUUGAGGUUGCUACAGAGGACGAUUCAAAAUCAGCGCCUUCCAGUUACUGCUGCAUCAGUCUGAAUGACGAACUUGUCUAUAAGACACGCACACGGGCAUUCACCAAUAGACCUAUUUUCAAUGCCUCUUUUGAGCGUUUCAUUCGUUGUUGCACAGAUACCAGGAUUCGUAUCACUGUGCGUGACCAGCGUUUCAGAGAAGAUGAUCCCAUCAUUGGCAUUCUACCACUUGAUCUAGGGGAAGUUCUCAAAGAUCAAGGUCAAGUGACGCGUUGGUUCCCCAUUGCUGAAGGUCUUGGGUACGGCGUCAUGCGCGUCUCCAUUUUAUUCCGCAAUAUCGACCUUCAAUUACCACGGGCCUUACAAGGCUGGAAUCUGGGUACAUUGAAGUUGUACUCCUUCAAAGCUGUUGUUGGAGAAGAAGAUGCAGCUGCCUUGCAGGACUGCAGUUUGAGGAUUGAUACGCAAUUACAGCGCAAGACCAUCAGUGCGAUUCAUGCUGGUCGAGAUGGUGAUGUCUCCUGGGACAUGCCACGUAAGCUCAUCUUUCCCAUCCGAAGACGUCAUGCGACGUCAUUGAGUAUUGAGAUGCAUCGUGGUGGUGUGCCGUUCACCAAAAAGGGGCUAUUUUCGGGAAUCUAUGGCAGUUGUUGCAUUGCCCUAUCUGCCAUUGACGACAAUCAACGCUCGAUCCUCAAAAUUCCAAUCUUUCAAACUGCGGACUAUGCACGCUUCAAGAAGAAUUCUUUGAGUGAGUCUGAUGCGUCGUUGCGCAAAAUUGGGUAUCUCGAGGUGGAUUGUUGCUUGACAUCAGGUCUAUCACCUGUGCAUCGCCGCUUUUGUAAACGAUCCAGUGAUCUCGCACAAACGCAUGAAGCAUGGGAGACGGAACAAUCUUUCAGAAAGCGUAUGCGUGAUGAUUUGCGAAUGGAAAAGGGAACGACUGAAGAACGGUUGUCUACGGCAGAGACGUUUGGUGUAUCGAUUGCUAGUAUGGAUACGCCACGAACAGGUCCCAACAAGGCACAAGAAGUGCCACCGGAUGAGGAUUGGAUGGAUAGUGACUCGGAUGCGGAUAAGGGACAUCGCACCAUGUCUGAGUGGGUUGAAGAUAAAGCCGCUGCACGUCGUGAGAGGCAUAGACGGCACAGGGGUAUCAUGCAAAAGAAACCCAUUCGCACCGCGGCGUGGGUCAAGAAUGGCCUGAAGAAGGGAGUAAGCAAGGUCUCACGUGCACUGACGCUCAAUCGGGAGGAUGAUUUAGUUGAGAGGGAGGUAUAG